UGUACACUGAUCAUCAGGGCACCACUGAUCAUCAGCAGUGACACCUGUCAGUGUCCAUCAGUGCCAGAUGUCAGUGCUGAACAGUGCCACGUAUCAGUGCCACAUCAAUGCCACAUAUCAGUGCCCAUCUGAGCUGCCUUUUAGUGUCACCCAUCAGUGCCAUCAGUGCCGCCUAACAAUGCCAGUCAGUGCCGCCUGUCAGUGCCGCCUAUUAGUGCCAGUCAGUGCUGCCCUUCAGUGCCCAUCAGUGAUGCCUGUCAAUGCCCAUCAGUGCCACCUACCAGUGCCUCCUCAUCAGUGCCCAUCAGUGCCACCUAUCAGUGUCCAUCAGUGCAGCCUAUCAGUGCCCAUCAGUGCAGCCUCAUUAGCGGACAUCAGU